AUGCAGAUCUUCGUGAGUGCGCUCGAUGGAGCCGUCCAAGGACUCGAUGUGACUGCUGACACCACCGUUGCUCAGAUCAAGGCCCGUCUUGGAGCCAACGAGCAAAUCUUGUCGCACGGAUCAACAAUUUUGGAGGAUGAGCAAACUAUGUCGACGCUGGAGUUGAACAAUGGAGCUACACUUGCCAUCAAUGGACGAUUGCUCGGAGGUAAGGUCCACGGAUCGCUUGCUCGUGCCGGUAAAGUGCGUGCCCAAACACCAAAGGUUGAGAAGCAAGAAAAGAAGAAGAAGAAAGUCGGACGUGCUCACCGUCGUAUUCAAUACAACCGCCGAUUCGUGAACGUAGCGCUCGCUGGACCCGGCAGAAAGCGAGGCCCGAACGCUCAACAACAA